UUCUUUCUUUUAUGUGAAAGAGAGAGAGCGGUGCUACAAUCCCCUCAUUUAUGAACACAAUCCCAACAAAAGAAACACCCCCAACUCUAAUCCGCACCAACAAGUUCACCGAGGGGUUUCAGAACAUUGUGGACGCCUACGGAGUUGGGAGCUACAGAGAAGUGAACCCAGCUCUCUUCACCAUCAUCACUUUCCCCUUUUUGUUCGCCGUGAUGUUUGGAGACUUCGGACAUGGCUUUGUGAUGUUCUUAUUUGCCCUCUUGCUGGUGUUAAAUGAAAACCAUCCCAGACUAAAUCAGUCACAAGAGAUCAUGCGCAUGUUUUUCAAUGGCCGAUACAUCCUCUUGCUGAUGGGACUGUUCUCCGUGUACACGGGCCUCAUCUACAACGACUGCUUUUCGAAGUCGGUCAACCUGUUCGGCUCCGGGUGGAACGUGUCCGCCAUGUACAGCUCCGGUCACGGCCCGGCGGAGCGCGGGAAAAUGGUGCUUUGGAAUGACACCAUCGUCAGGCACAGCAGGGUUUUGCAGUUGGACCCAAGCGUUCCUGGAGUGUUCCAAGGCCCUUAUCCUCUUGGCAUAGAUCCCAUUUGGAACUUGGCCACAAAUCGUCUCACUUUUCUAAACUCUUUCAAAAUGAAAAUGUCUGUGAUUUUAGGAAUUAUUCACAUGACUUUUGGAGUCAUUCUGGGAGUAUUUAACCACUUGCAUUUCCGGAAGAAGUUCAAUAUUUAUUUGGUUUCCGUCCCAGAACUUCUCUUCAUGCUGUGCAUCUUUGGAUACCUCAUAUUUAUGAUCAUCUAUAAGUGGCUGGUUUAUUCAGCAGAAACCUCCAGAGUUGCUCCCAGCAUUCUGAUUGAAUUUAUCAACAUGUUUUUAUUCCCAGCUAGUGGAACAAACGGUCUUUACUCAGGGCAGGACCACGUCCAGAGACUGCUGCUGGCCGUCACGGCGCUGUCCGUCCCUGUUCUCUUCCUGGGAAAACCACUCUUCUUGUUGUGGCUGCACAAUGGGCGCAGUUGCUUCGGAGUGAGCAGGAGUGGUUACACACUUAUCAGGAAGGAUAGCGAGGAAGAAGUUUCUCUGCUGGGAAGCCAAGACAUAGAAGAAGGAAAUAACCAAAUGGAAGAUGGAUGUAGAGAAAUGACGUGUGAAGAGUUUAAUUUUGGAGAAAUAUUAAUGACCCAAGUGAUUCAUUCCAUCGAGUACUGUCUGGGAUGCAUCUCCAACACCGCUUCAUACCUGAGGCUCUGGGCUCUCAGUUUGGCUCACGCACAGUUAUCCGACGUCCUGUGGACCAUGCUGGUGCGCGUGGGCCUCCGAGUAGACACCACUUACGGAGUCUUGCUGCUGCUACCAGUUAUCGCUCUCUUUGCAGUUCUGACAAUUUUCAUCCUUUUGAUCAUGGAAGGCCUUUCUGCAUUUCUUCACGCCAUACGCCUCCACUGGGUAGAAUUUCAGAACAAGUUCUACGUUGGUGCAGGCACCAAAUUUGUUCCUUUCUCAUUCAGACUACUUUCGUCGAAAUUCAGUGACGACAUGGCAUGAUCGAGUUGCCAUAUCUAACAAGCUGUCAAAUUUAUGGAGAAUUAUCAUGUUACAGAAUUUCACUUACGUCAGAGUUACGAUAGGAAAAAUUCCGUCUUCGUUGAUUGCCUUAUGAUAUAGCCAAAUCAUUCUGUAAGAUAUACCUCUUCCUCAUGUUAAAUAUUUUGUAAAGUUUAUCAAUUUCAGAUAGAUAAAUUUCUUUCAGUUUUUACGAUGAGCACAUAUAAGUUAAGGCCAAAAGUUAUGUUAAAGUUAUUUUUAAAAAUAUAGGCUUGGAGGAGAGAAGCGGUUUUGAAUGGCUAAGUGAAAAUGGUCUUAGAUACUCAAUUCCUUUUCACCUUAUUAGAAAAAAAAAGUUAUUCUGUCGCUUGACAUUGUCAGAUAAUAUUUUCCAACAGCUGAAGUUUAGUUUUUUAAAAAAUUUAAUGACGGAUAAUCAAAAGAUUCACAUUCUGCUUGAUUAAAAGUAUGUAAACAUUUUUUUAUUGUAUGCUAUCUAGAACUGCAAGUAGGGGAUUGUUUCUACAAUUUUGCCUUGUUUUAAUAAUUGGGGAAAAUGGGAUAAAAUAACGUACAACAGAUGGUUAUCGCACUUGUAUAUUUUUAAAAAUAUUCUUACCCUGUUAUCCUUAUAUAAAACCAAUUAUGAUAAUUGUAAUGUUUGAAAGAUAAACUGUAUACUGAGCCUUAAAACCCAGUGUGACUGUAGAAGAUACAAUAUGGAUGUGAUUUGAACUUCGAGACCAGCUUGGCUGAUGUUACUGAUGUUACUGAACCAAAAGGGGUUUAUACUGAGUGAAGGGAAGAGAAAAAGUAGUGUUUUGUAUAUUUUUAUAACAAAAUAUAAAUUAAGAUAUUUUACCAUGAAGAGAUUGCACCUGUCCUUGAGAAUAGAUAAUUAUAAUUUUUUACUUUCAGACUAAUUCUAAAUAAAGGUCUGAUAAAGGUAUUAAGAGUUAAACUUUCAAACAC